AUGGAGCGAGAUCCCAUCCAUACGUCUGUGGCUCAGCCUCACACACACACACACACACGUAUGAGCUCACACACGUGUACUCGAUGGGACCUCGGCUUCAUCACUUCCUGUGCUGCUGUGUGCCAAGAUGUAUUGUAAUCUAAUAACAUAAAAUAACAUGGCCUAUGAUGUUAUUUAUGUUAUUCUCUCUGAGAAGAACGCCGGUAAACCUGGCAGUGUUGAAACUGAGUGAAGCAGGAGUGCUAGACAAACUCAAAAAUAAAUGGUGGUACGAUAAGGGCGAGUGCGGACCCAAGGACUCGGGAAGUAAGGACAAGAGCUCGCAGGCGCUGAGCCUGAGCAACGUGGCGGGAGUUUUCUACAUCCUGGUGGGCGGCCUGGGUCUGGCCAUGAUGGUGGCCCUGGUCGAGUUUUGCUAUAAGUCCCGCGCCGAGGCCAAGAAACUGAAGGUGGAAUCGGCCGAACUGAAUUUUAGCCCCGCUCCCAGCCCAACGCACAGUGUGCAGAACUUAGCCACUUAUAGAGAGGGAUACAACGUGUACGGCUCUGACGCAGUAAAGAUAUAGGGGUAGGACAGAAAGCCUGCUUGCGGUCGCAGGGGUUCGGCCUGAGCCUCGUCUGUCAUAUAGCUGCAGCAGACGUCUGCUAAUGUUGUGACAGCUUCCCAUCCCUCCGUUUACUUACGUUCCUUCUUGCUUUGUUCACUUCUGAAAGAGACCCCUUCAUUUCUGUCGCCUGUCGUUCUUUUCUUUGUUUUGGUAUGGCAUCUGCCUUGACUAGAACGUGUUGGGAUUGCAUUGGUUUGGUCUUCUUGGCUGCAGUCGCUGGUGUUUUUGCACUGUUGGCUUUCUGUUUCAGACACCUGCAUUAAAACAAACGGCACAAGAUGACAAACACA